AUGAUCGGCCCACCUAUUUGGAAUCCAAAGCAGCUUUAUAACUUAAAGCAGGAAAUACAGAACGAAGCUAUAAGACAAAAGCAAGAAAUCCAAAGAAAACGAAUCGCAUUGGCAUAUGAAAGUUUAGAAAGAAGAAAAAUCAUCGAAAAUAUGAGCGAUUCUGAAGAAAUGCCUAAAAAGCAGCACAAAAGAUCUAAAACCCAUCAAGAUUAUAUUCCUGAUAAGUCAAAAUUAGCAACUCCAGCAGUUACUUAUGAUUUUAAUAAACAACCAAAAAAUAGGGUAAGCUCUAUGCAAGAAAGCUAUAAAGAUUCUGAGACUAGUGAUUACGACGCAAAAAUGUCAAGAAAAUCAAAGAUUUUCAGUUCUUGUGACAGCAGGUCAUCUGAUUAUAAUGAAAGGAAAAAUAUGCUAAAAUCAGUGAUGUUCCCUCUAUAUCUUUCCAAUAUAAAAGUGGACCAAAAAUUAACCCAGUCAAUAUUAAAUAAACAAAAUAGCCAAAAUGAGAAAAAAAAGACAAAAGAAGCAGCAUUAGACGAGCUUGCAAAGAUUUUGGAUGAGAAAAAAUUGAAUAAAUCGGUUAGGAAUACAAUAAGUGAAGUAUUAAACAGCUCUGAAACUGAAGGCCCUAUAGAGCAUAGGGUGAAAAGCAGAAAGCAAAAACGAAAGCUUACCAAAUCGUUAGACAGCUCUUUAAAAGAAUGCAUUAGCGCUUACAAAGGCGCUAUUAAUGAUUAUGGGCUAAAUCAAGGACAAUUUUAUGGAUUUAUUCCUCCAGAAUCAAAAAAAAGCAGCAACAAAAAUAAACAUAAAAACAAGUUAAAAGAAUUUCUUCCUUUAAUUGACAAAGGAAGGUUAAAAAUUUUAUGAUAAAAUGGGUGAGGUUAAAUAAAGUGCACUGUCCUUUUUUAAACCCUCUCUAAAAACUUAUAAAAAUGACUUUAAUUCAAAAUGUUUUUUUGGUAUGAAAAAAGUACAAAAAAAGAAGUACAUAUAAAAAUCUAUAUUCUUUCAAGAGUAAGCAAAAUUAACCAGAUGAAGCCCAAGAUGGAAUUGUAUAAUAAACAUUAUAUAUUAUAUGCUAACAAUGGCAAAUAAUAUCCCUUAAAUGAAUGUAAGAGUUGCAUAAAUAUACAAUCAUAAAUUUUUGUCUUUCAAAAUAAUAGAAUAAAACACACAAUAAAAUAGAAAAUGAUAAAAGCGACAAAGAAUUAAAUAUAAUAUACUUUUUUAAAUAGAGGACCCAAAAUUUUAAAUAAGUAUAAGAAAAAUGAUUAUGAAGUAAAUAAUUAAAAUUGGAUGAAAAAUUACUAACUCCCCCCCCUCCGUGAGUGAACAAAACCAUUAGAAAAAUCCCUAUUUUUUGCCCAAAAAACCACCCUCCGUGAGUGAACAAAAAUUUUUUUAAUAGUAAACAUUUUUUAUGGAAAAAAAAAUUGAUAUAUAAAUGAUAAUUAAAAUAAUGAAAUCUAGAGCUAAUUCUGUUCAAUUUUAAACGAAUUGCUAUUUAAAACAUAAAUUUUAUAAAUUAAAUGAAUAUUUGCGUUCCAAUUUUUGCGAAUUAGGAUUUUUUUAAAUUUCGAAAAAAAAUUUUUUUUAUAAAAUUUAUAUAUAAAAUUUUUUAAAAAAAAAAAUUAAACCCCCCUCCGUGAGUGAACAAAAUUUUUUUGUUCACUCACGGAGGGGGGGGGGAGUAAUAAAAUUUCUAAUGGUGUCACUUUUGUAAUUUUAUAUUUUAUGGUGCGCUUUUUUCCUAUUACUUUGAAAGACAAAAUUUUUUGAUUGUCACGUUCAUUUUAAGCAAUAUUGUUUUUUAUUUGUUAUUAUCCAAAAUAUACUAUAUAAUAUGCAAUUCUAUCUUUAUCUGUGUUUAAAUUUGCUCACUAUUGAAAGGAUAUAGGAUUUUAUAUGUCCUUUAUUCCGAAAAAUUCAAAAAAGUACCAUUUGCACUUUUUUCAGAGAAAAACAACAUUCUUGAAAUCACAGUCAUUUUUAUAGGUUUUAUUGCCCUCAUAA